UAGUAAACAUUGUUUUCGUUUCGUUAAAAACUUAACUUUUUAUUUAUACAAAAUGAGUUUUAGGAAUUAUAAGUCCAAAAUAGACGAAGGUGACAUAGUAAUCCUCUAUUUAAGUAAUAAUCUUCAUGCUAUAGAAGUGAAAUCGGAAAUAAAAAAUAAAAAAGGUGAAAUGGUUGAGAAUGUUUACCAAACAACAUUUGGUGCUUUAAAGGUUAGAAACCUUAUAGGAGUUGAUUACGGUAGUAGAGUUGAACUAUCAAGGGGCUGGGGACAUGUAUUGCAACCUACACCGGAAUCAUGGUCUCUGACACUCCCACAUAGGACUCAAAUUAUAUACACUCCUGACAUUAGCAUGAUAAUGUUACAGCUAGAUUUGGUACCAGGAUGUGUUGUUAUUGAAGCUGGCACUGGUAGUGGUUCUUUAACGCAUGCCCUGAUCCGUCGCAUUCGGCCACAUGGUCAUGUAUACACGUUCGACUUUCAUGAUCAUAGGGCAAAACUUGCUCAAGAAGAAUUUGAUGACCAUGGACUGUCUGAUUUUGUUACUGCACGACACAGGGAUGUGUUAGCAGAUGGUUUUGGAGAAGAGCUCACUGGAAAGGCCGAUGCAGUUUUCUUGGAUCUACCUAGCCCUUGGUCUGGUAUUCCCCAUGCUGUUGCUGCUAUAAAGAAUGGAGGUGGAAGAUUCUGUUCUUUUUCACCGUGUAUAGAACAAGUACAGCGAACUUGCUUGGAGUUGGAACGUCAUGGUUUUCAAGACAUCAGCACUAUGGAAGUAUUACAAACGGAAAUCAAAGUCUCAAGGAAGACGGUACCCGUGAGAGAUCUUUCAUUCCUAAGACUCAAGAGUUCUGAAAGUCCUGUCGACGAGAAGCCAAACAGUGAGAAGAGCUAUGUAGUGGGAACGUGGCCGACCAGCACGCCCGGACACACGGGAUACCUGACGGUCGCGACUUUACCGCCAACUUUCAUACGAAAAAAAAUUUAUCAAAAUCAAGAAAGCUCCGAAGAGUUACAAACUAUCGAUAAUGGAAAAAAAGAAAAUCCAAAUGGAACUGAAGAAAUGUCUAUAGACUGAAAACAAUGAUAUUUGUUUUAUUAAUGAAUUGUUAUCUUUAAAGGA